AUGGAUCACCUCCAGCCAGGUACGUUAUAGACACACACACAGAUACGUGUGUAUACUUGUUGGAUUUGGAUUUGGAUUUUGGGAUCCACAUUACUAACACAACGUUUAAUAUAUAGGAUUUAACCCCGCCUCUGUUUCAACGGCCCAGUUGCGAAAAAUCCUCAAUUUGCAUACAAUCUCAUACCCUAGCUCUGCAAAGAAGUCAGAGCUAGUCCAGAUUUUUGAGAAUGAGGUCAAGCCCAAUGCUGGCAAAUGGUUGCAGGAAUACGAAUCGAAAGUCGAGAAUUUGCAUGACCAGGGAUUUGUCAAUGCCGGUGGCGCCAGGCAGCAGAGACCGUCUCCGAAAACCCAGAGCAAAAUCGAAGGGCCAGUGGUUGCUAGUGGCAAAACCGCGAUUAGGAAUGCCAGCUCUCCAAAAGCUAAAUCAAAAUCUGAUGUCAAAACCGAGGCUGAAGACAGCAACUUUAGAAUCACUGCUACUGCACCACCAACACCUGCAGCAGCAGACCAAGAGGGACGCGUUUUAGUGAAUUCGGCUGAGGAAGAAAAGUUUAAAGAAAAAGAAGGAAACGAAGUGAAAGGUUCCGGCAAGGAACUGAGCAAACUGGUGGCAAAGUCACCCACUGUAAGAAAAACAAUAGCAUCAGCUGACAACAAAACAAAAUCACCAUUGGCUUCUAAACCACUUUCAGAAGUAGAGGAUUCGCAGGAUGAGCACAGAGACUCAAGCACAUUCAGCAGCGACAACGUUUUCCAGUCGAAAUCAGACUCGGCUCGCAAACGGAAGCGUAAACGUGAAGCUGACGAGAAGCCCACCAGUAGCGCACCGGGCUCGGCCAAAAAGAUCAAAUCGCCGUCGUCCGGUGGUAAAGGCGAUUUUGAACAUUCGCUUGACAAGUCCAUAUAUGACGACAGCGACUCUGAGAUUUUCCAGUACUCCAUCCUCAGUAAGAAUGAAGUUGACAAGCUCAGAAGCUCACCUGCAAAAUCCGCCACUCCCAAGUCCCCAAGACAGAGAACUCAAGCACAAAGCCCGAUCAGCUCGAAACCUGGCUAUCAGGUGGAAACGGGGCCCGAUCAGUCCCUGCAGGGUGCCCUGAAAGGAGCCCUGAAAGAUGCACCAAAUUCGAAUUUAGAAAAAUCACAAGAAGGUGCGUCUUUACCCACGGACGAACUAGCCAGGCUGUUGGGCGUCACUAUUCAAGGUUUCCAACAAAGGCCCGGCUCGGCGCUGAAUUUGACCACGCAACAGCUUUCUGAUAAAUCAGAGCUGUCCAGCCAGUGGCACCCAAACCCCAGUGAACUUGAAGAGCCCGAUUUCCCGAAGCAGGAGGAGCCUCAACCAGUUGAAACCCCCAGCCGUGAAGCAACUGGCCGCGACAACAAGCCCACAAUAAGCUUGGGGUCUGUCAGAAAGUCCGAGGCAAAAUCCACCCCAUCUACCUCUGAAGCCAAGACUCCAGAUGCAAGAACUCUUUCAUCGAAAAAGCAAAGAGUCAAGAAGCCCGAGUCGAGAAAAACCAGUGCAACUGCAACACCAAAAUCAACCAGGACCUCCGGAGGUGCAGGAGCCACUCCUGCUUCCGCCAAUGCCAGCUCGGCAACAAGAGCGAAAAGUGCUGCAGCUACCCCUGCAUCCACAAAGAACAACACCCCCGCGCAAGCUUCCAAAACGACUCCAAAGAUAGGAUCAAGUGAAAGGUUGGCCAGAAGCAAAAAUGCGACUCCGUUAUCGUACAAGACUACCACCACCACUCCCAAACGCAUUCGGACUCCCGUUGGCAGGUCUGCAUUGACACCAAAACCCCGAUUGCUCUCGAUUAGUGCGUCCAAGAUUGAACUGGACGAUGAAGAAGAAGAAGAAGAAGAAGAUGGUGACACGGAGGUUGCUGCCGCUUUGGGAGAAAAGAAAAAAGAGACCAAGUCGCUCGUCAACAGAAAUUCAUUGUCGAGUAUGCUCGCCACCUUAUUGACAUGGACUGUGGUAAUCACAGCUGCGUUAUUCGGUUAUUGGUUCCACGAGCAGAAGUAUUUGGUGGGGUUCUGUGGCGAGGGAAUCGACCAGGGGAGGACGCUUGGCAGCUAUCACAACGUGGUUUUAGAUACCUUGGGGGAUGUGCUUGUCAAGUACUGCCAACCCUCGUGCGUGCCAUGUCCUCCGCACGCUAGAUGCUUCCCCAAUUUGGAAAUUGGGUGCUACGAAGACUUUGUUGAGUAUCAGCCUUGGUACGACGUUUUGUUUCCGGGCCACAAGAAGUGCAUCCCAGAUACAAAGAAAGCCGAAAAGUUGGAGAUCAUGAUUGAUGUCGCGCUCGAUUUGUUGAGGAGCAAGAAUGCCCAAGUCCAAUGCGGCAAGGGGCAGGAUGAUUGCGAGAGUGGGAUCUUGUUGGCGGAUUUGCACGAUUUGCUUUUGUCAAUGAAAGCCUCGUAUAUCACAAACGAGGAAUUUGAAGAGCUCUGGUCGAGAUCGGUUGUCGAGUUGGAGAAAGAACCCGAGAUUAAAGUAAGGCAAGUACGAAACAUCUAG